GGAAAGGAGAAAUUUCCAGUCGAAGAGGUGGAACUCAAGCUCUUGAUACCAUAUUAGAAACAGAAGUAGGGUCGAGAUAGAAGAGGAAUGAAAAUCUCAUUAAUAAAAAUAGAAGUGUUACAUCAGUAUUUAUACAUCAGUAGUUCAGUUGAGUCAAUAGUGACUUGUCAAACAAGACUCUAACAAACUAACUAAUGCCAGCUCAUAUGAACAUAUCGUAUAUUACUAACAGCGCAAGAUUGCACCUCCUGAAGCCCUCUCCGGUAAGUAGCUAACAUCCACAUUCAGCUUCCAAAGCUUUAUAGGUUUCUUCCAACGAAUGAUGUGUAGCUUAAAACCCCUGAGUCUGAAGUUUCUGGGAAUAAGGCCUUCCUCAAAAAGAACAUCCCCUAUGAACCGAAUCUUGUAGGUAGAUAGGCUCGCUACCCAAUUUUGAAUGUACAUCUUAAUUUGAAGGAUAAUAUUAUCCGAAGUAGGAUUCCUACCCCCAGAUCCCCAGACAAGAUUAGAAUAAACUCUCCAAAUAAUCCAACAAAUGAUACUGGGGAUAUUUGGCUUGAUAAGGGAUACCGAACUUUUCCUUUCAUUACCUCUCCUCCAAUAUCGAAAGUUUCCAUAGUCCAUUCCUGGAGUUUGUAAAAUGCCAAAGAUACUUAAAAAGUACUGCCAUAUUCUGACUACCAGAGAACAUUGAAAGAAUAAAUGUUUCAUUGUAUCACUGUGCCUUCUGCAAAGUGGGCAAAUUGAUGGAUUCAGAACCAUGUUGAAUCUAUUUAAGUUGUCAGAUGAUGGUAGAAUCCUCUUAGCAAUCUUCCAUUGUAGUAAUUUGACCUUUAGCUCUUGUUUGGUAUUCCAUAUCUGUUGAUAUCUCUCAGAACUAAAGGCUAACUCCCUUACCUCUUCAAAUGCAGAUUUAAAGGUAAAUUGACCAUCAUCUUCAGCUUGCCAGAAAACUGUACCUUAGGGAUCAACAUCACACAGUUCAGAAGCUUGUUCAUUGGCUGAGCAGAUUCUUCUCCACACAGCAGAAUCUGUAAUGUUAGAUGAUGAAGAUGCAAAUCAAGUUGGUGACCUGCCCACUUUUAGAUAGUACAUACUUGAGCAAAUGGGGAUAGCCAUUUUCAUGCAGUGGAGAGUAUAGUUACUAAGCUUGAUGAGAAAGUUCCGAAUGUGGCUUAUAAAAGGAGACUGGAGGAGUUUGCCUUUGUGAUUUAUUUUAAGGGCUCUUCGUCCGCGUAUGAGUAAACUGUUUCCAUCAGAUGCAAUAGUGGUGUUCACUGUUCUCAUUGGUCGGGAGAAGUGGAAACAAGUGAACAUAUGUGGCUCAAUAAAAGUGUCAUGCGGCGGCUAUGAUGAGUUCGACGUCUUCAAAAAAGAUGAAAAUGAUGUUGUAAAGUUACUUCAAGGAAGGAAAGGUUUACCUAUAUUAGUUGGAUCGGGAGUUUUUGAGUCUUGUUCUUCAUUAGACAUCAUUUGUGAUCUAAAGGAUGUUACGUGUUGUCCUCCCUUAGAAAUCAAGGGAUAUGUUAAGUGGAGUGCUGAAAUUCUAAACUAUUCUUGAUAUCACGAUCAAGGCUUAUGCCCGGUUAUUCAAGGUGAAUAUGGUUUUGCAGCUUUACAUUAUACCAUAUUUUCAAAUGCUGCACAGACUAAUUUGAGGGUCAUCUAUAAACAUCAGAAGAGAAGGGUAGAUACCGAUGAUGCGCCUUCGACGGUGUAUGGGAGUCUUUGUGCUGAAAAUACCUGACUUUGAGUACUUGUCACAGUAUGACAAAGAUUGGUAUAGAACUACCCUUUUCAAUAGAAUUGGGGAGGAUCCGACACAACUUGAACGUGAUGGUGUGAUUCCACUCUCACGGUCCGUUGUCAUCGUUCCUUCCGAUUCAUUUCUUGAGAUUGACGUAGACCUUACUUUGUCCAACCGGAGGCUGCAAUGCAUCAGCAAGAUUGAUAUUGGUGUAAGUUCUGCAAGCAUUGAGAUUGAUGAAUGUGUUGUUCAAUUUGAGUUAAAAUGAAGUGACAUAGAGUAAAAAUAUGAUACAUUCCUUUAUAUGGUUGUGAGUCUUCUAUGCAGAAGGUGUUACUUGUAAGGAGGCUUCAUUACUCUAAUUUGUAUUGCUAUUAGUAUAAAAGUACUAUAAUUUUUUGUUAAUUUGCUAUAAGUAACUUUAUUGGAAGAAAUUGGGGAUUGGCUUUUUUUUCCACAUUCCCUUUAUCACUGGCAUUCUAUCUCUCGGAAUCCAUGUCUGCC